AUGGUUAACGUAGAUGCCUCUUCACCGUCUUCGAGCACAGUUAAAACAUCCAUUGAUAAACUAGAAUUGUCGUGCAAAAAUUCAACUACAGCUAUAUCCAGUCCCAGUGAAAAUUUAAGUCAGAUGCAAUAUAUUGCUUCAUCUGAAUUGAGCACAAAUCAUUUUGAUUCAGAUCAUCAAUUACUUUCAAAUGAUCUUACCAAAAUUUCUGUUGAUGAUAUAUUGACAGAGAAAGAAGUCGAAGGACCAAUACCGUCUCCAACAACUGAUUAUGGACAAAGUGAUUCAAGAACAGAGAACGAUCCUGUAAGAUUUUCAAAUACAAACAAAAGAUUAAGUUUUGAAGAGAAAAAGUAUAUUUUAAACUUGGGUGCUUCUCAACCAACAUCUCAGCAGAUGCCAUUCCAGAAAUUCCCAAAAACUAACAAAUACAGUUUCCAUCCUCAGUGGUACACUAGAACUUUGCCUGAUGGAUCUAUAGGAUACCGUAAAUGGUUAUCAUAUUCAAUUUCAUAUGACAAAGUAUUUUGCCUUUAUUGCAUGUUAUUCGGUAAAUCUCCUAAGAAAGCAUGGGUUUAUGAUGGUGUUUCUCGUUGGAAGGAUGGAAACCAUAUGUUAACAUUCCAUGAAACUUCAUCUAUACACAUAGCUGCAUCAAUUGAUGCAACUAUACAUGAGAAAUGUUCCCCAAUAUUACCAGCAUUAGAAGAAAAAAAGAAAAUUGAUGUUCAAACUAACAGAGUAGUUGUCAAACAACUGAUAGAUAUUACGCUAUUUUUAGGAAAACAUGGACUUGCGUUUAGAGGCCAUAAAGAAAAGUGGACAGAUUCUGUCCGUGGAAAUUUUAAAGAUCUAGUUAUUUUAUUAGCCGAAUAUUCACCUGUAUUGUCGUCAUAUAUUACUCUUUUAAAAGAUAAGGGAAAAUCUAUGACAUCAUUAAUAUCAUGGCAACGACAAAAUCAGUUGAUUGAUGCUAUUUCAAAUUCAAUAAACAAUUCGAUCUUACAAGAAGUUAAAAAUGCUUGUGUUUUCAGCAUAUCUAUUGAUACAACAUUUGACAUAUCUAGACAAGAACAGGUGUCUUUCAUAGUGCGUUAUGUUGAUGAAAGCAAUGGUAUGAUCUAUGAACGUUUACUUGCAAUGUGUUCUACUGCAUCUACUAAAAGUGAAACACUAUUUAAUAUCUUCAAAGAAGUUUUUAAUAAAACUUGCCUUGAUUGGAAAAAAAACCUUAUAGGACAGUCAUAUGAUGGUGCAGCUAAUAUGAGGGGCGAGUAUAAUGGCUUACAAGUUAAAAUUAAAAAUGAAAAUCCCCAUGCUGUUUAUAUUUGGUGUUGGGCUCAUCGUCUGAAUUUGGUAGUGGAACAAGGUGUUGCAAGUUGCCUUGAAGCAGUUGAUUUCUUUGGAAUUUUGGGAAAAGUCUUUGAUUUUAUAUGUAGCAGUAAAAAUCGUGUUUUUCUUUUUGAUAAAAAUCAAAAAAUGCGUAAUCCCAAAUUACCAGUUUGUCGUUUGAAACGUGUAACUACUACUAGAUGGAGUAGCCACUCUACAGCUUUAGGUACAAUUUUACUGACUUGGGAAUCUUUAGUUGAUACACUGGAAGAUAUCUGGACAUCAGAAGCUUCAUCAGAUGCAUCAUCAUUUCUUUCAUAUUUUCAAUCUGAACGAUUUCUGUAUACAUGUUUUUUAUUUAAACAUAUUUUUUCCAUACUUGAUCCAUUAAGCAAAACCUUCCAAGCAAAAGAUGUAGAUCUUAUCACAGCAACAUCAAUGAUAAGAUCUAAAAAAGAACAAUUAUUAAAGCUCCGCGAAGACUUUAAAUCAAUUGCUAUUGAAGUGAAGCAAUUCAUUGAAAACCAUAAAGAUGAACAUUUUACUCCUUUACCACAAAAACGAACAAGAAAAAGAAAAAUGAUGCCUGGAGAACAAGCAAUAGAUGAACCAAUUUCUGACCCUUUGACUAAUUUUAAGUAUCACACUUUUUAUGUAGUGCUUGAUAUCAUAUACAAAAAAACCAUUUGUCUUCCAAAAUAUCUUCAUAAGAAUAAUAAAACACAUUCUGAUUCUGAAUCCCAUAAUUCUGAUUCAGAGUCUGAUGAAGAAUUAAUUCUUAAAGACCAUAUUGAAGAUUUUACUAAUAGCAGCUCUCUUAUUUAUAUAUUUAAAUUAAUUUGCAGUUCAAAUAUCAGAUUUACACUACCAAAUAUUUACAUGCUGGUCAAAAUUGCAGUGACAUUACCUGUUUCCAGUGCUUCUACCGAACGCAGUUUCUCAAAACUUAAAUUAGUAAAAACUAGAUUGAGAUCAACUAUGGCUGAGUCUAGAUUAGAAGGCUUAAUGCGCAUUGCAUGCGAACAAGAUAUUGAAAUUAACACUGAUAGUGUUAUAAAUAAUUUUGCGAAAAAUAGUAGCCAGUUAUUAAAAUUAUUAACUUAA